AUGGUCGAACCAGAUGACACUAUAGGCGCUGUUAAAGCAUACAUUCAAGACGAAAAGGGGAUUCCUUUUAAGAAACAGAAGUUGUUGAAUGAAGAGGGACGAACUCUGAGAGAUUCACACUCUCUUACUUCUCUGGGAAUUAAGAAAUGUUCAACUUUAAUCCUUCGAUAUGCACCUGUAACGCGAAUUAUUGUUAGAAACAUUGUUUCAGGACGCGUUCUUGAGAUAAUGGUAUGGCCUGAUGAUACAAUUGGACAUGUUAUGGCUGUGAUUCAAGAAAAGCAUGGCAUUCGAUUUCAUAGACAGAAAUUAACAUUCUGUGGAAAUGAACAUGGCGAUUCCGAGCGGCUCGCCAACAUUGGGAUUCGAAAUGACAGUAUUUUAGUCGUUAGAUGUAAAUCAGUAACGCAAAUAUUUGUGAUAUAUAAGUUUUCAGGGUUUAUAUUUAAGGUAAUAGUGGACCCUGACGACACAAUUGGAGAUGUUAAGGCUAUUAUUUGUGAAAAGGAGGGAAUUCCAUUUCAUAAACAGAGGUUAAUCUUCAGUGGAAAAGAGUGUAGUGAUUCAGAGCUUCUCACCAACCUCGGCAUUCAAGAUGACAGUGAACUGAUUCUUCAUCAUUUGAGCGACUGA